AUGCCUCGGGUAAAUCCACCAUGCGGGAAUCCAAUGUUCUUGAAAUGGAUGGAGGAACUGAGAGAUGCAGCUCGCGAGAAGAACAUGAAAUCGGCUGAGGGAUAUGGUAAAGCUUGUCGGUCACUGCAAAAUUGUCCAGUGACAUACAGUCGUCCAAGAGAGUUAGUGGUCCUUCAACAUAUAGGUGAAAAGACGGUAGCUAUAUUAGAGAAGAAGUGGAAGACAUACUGUGAGGAGAACAACAUUGUUUUCGAAUCACCCGCAAAAACGAAGAUAAAAGGGAAAUCGAAAGAUGUGACACCUUCAUCGGAUGAUGAUGAUUCCGAUACAUCAAAUCCAUUACCUAAGAAGAAAGUUCGCAAGACAAGUACCAAACCCAAAGCUUAUAUACCGGCUAGAGGUUCAGGUUCUUAUGGUAUACUCAUGUCACUCGUUUUAGCAAUUGAUAAUCCUCAGAUCAACACACAAGUGUUUCUAACGAAAUCAGAAGUUAUAAGGGGUGCUCAAGAAUAUUGUGAUUCAUCUUAUGAUCAUUCGGAGAAAGGUACUUAUUUCACAGCUUGGAGUGGCAUGAAAACCCUGGUCAAUAAAGGUUACGUAUACGUAACUGGUAAUCCACAUAAAUACUGUCUAACUGAAGAAGGAUAUGAGGUGGCUGUAACCAUGAGAAAUCUACGACCCGAAUUUUCGAAUCUUGAAAAACUUCCUUUCCUGCAUAUUCCUGCUGUCGGCGGAUCCAAUACCCAAGUAAUACCAUCCCCGAAAAAGCCGCCCACAUAUACGUUACAUCCUACAGCUCCUUCAGCCACAGAAUCCCGUCAACGACCAACCCAGCAGAAUGUCAACAAAUCAAAACCUGAGCGAUUCCAAUUCUGGUACAUUGAUUCAUCCGGUAAUCGCGUUCCUUCCCUUAAUUCUGCAACGAUACGUCUAGACCCCUCAGAAUUCACCAAUCUUCGAAAAAUCGAGUUUCGUUCGUCACAGCGCGACCAUCCGUUCGUUUCUCAACUUCGCUUAGUCGAUAACCAGUCUCUCGCUCAAUUGAGGGAUAAAACAGGUCAAUCUACCUUGUUUGGAUUUGUCGUAGAAGAAGAAGCUCCGCCUACGUGUAGCAAGUUUGACGGUGAAGAUCUCACAGGAUCCACGGGAACUCGUCGCAGUCCGCCAGGUGGUUCUCCUAUACUCGACUUGAUUGACGAUAAUAUUCCCGAUGAACCUGAAGAUCUGACACCUACGCCGAUACAAGCCAUCAAGAAGUCUCAGAUACCUUGUCCGAUCGAUGAUCUGCUAAAUGCAGAAAGAAAAUUUGCUCGAACAGUCUCUGCACCUGUUAAUCCUCAAUCACCAAUCUCGACUCUGGUAGCCGAAGCUGCCCUCCGUCGAGUCGGUGGACUUUCCUCCAACCGAUCACAUUCGAUGAAUGAACUUGGAAGACCUUCCAAACCUUCUAAACAAGCGCCAAGGUUAUCAUCUCAUGUACCAUCACCUGUCCCGCAUAUUCAUCUCGACGAACCUGCACCUUCAAUAUCCACUACAACAACAUCUACGAAUUUCCAACCUUCAAAUGCCAUAACAUAUCCACCUGGCACAUACGAGAUAGUAUUGAUAGUAGAUACGAGAGAAGUGGAAUCUCGCUCCAGUCGAGAUAAGAUAACGGAAACCCUACUUUCGAAAGGAAUCAAAGUUGAAACCAGAGCUUUGAGGUUAGGUGAUAUGUGUUGGAUAGCAAGGAGGAUCGUUGGUGAUCUAGGUGGCGAAGAAGAUGAAUGUGUUCUGGAUUACGUGGUUGAAAGAAAAAGAUUAGACGAUUUAUGCAGCUCCAUAAGAGAUGGCAGAUACAAUGAGCAGUGUUUCCGUCUCUCCAACUCGUGCAUCAACCAUAUAUAUUACAUCGUAGAAGAUUGGCAAGUAGCAGAACGAAUGGAAUAUCACGGACUUCAAAUCAUGACAGCUAAAUCACAAAUCCAAAUACAUAAUCGAUUCUUCCUGAAGGAAACACAUAAAUUAACAGAAACGAUAGACUUCCUAUGCACGAUGACGAAAGUAAUUCAAGAUUUGCAUUCCGAUAAAACAAUUCAGAUCAUACCAACCAAAUAUCUCUCAAGAUCAACAUAUAAACCAUUACAAUCACAUUUGAAACAAACAUAUUCCGAAAUUGAUUUCCUCAUUAGUUUUCAAUCAUAUCAGGAAUUAAAUGAUAAAUCAGCUUCUCAAACGCUCAAAGAAAAGUUCGCGAGAAUGUUAUUAUGUGUAAAAGGUAUGAGUCCAGAAAGAGUUUCAUCAAUCUUGAAUUUAUGGGAAACUCCUUUUGCAUUAUAUCAAAGUCUGAAAAAUAGAGGAUCUCAAGGUGAUUUAGAAGUGGAAGUAUCAGGAAAGAAACGGAAAAGAAGCAAAGAAAUGUUCUUUGCCGAUAUUAUUCAGGGUGAAGGAAGAAGAAAGAUCGGUGAUGCCUUAAGUAAAGAACUUUGGAAAGCUUUCAUGGGAUCAGAAGAAGUUGUCUCAUGA